GGCCAUUUCUCUUGAGGCUCAGCGCUUUGGUCUUGCAGUAGCUGCUCCUGUCACGAGGGACCGGCGGCGGCGGGUAGUUUGCAGCAUUCGCCCAUAUUCGCGAUGAGUUUACCCCUCAAUCCCAAACCUUUCCUCAAUGGAUUAACAGGAAAGCCAGUGAUGGUAAAACUUAAGUGGGGAAUGGAGUAUAAAGGCUACCUGGUAUCAGUAGAUGGCUAUAUGAACAUGCAGCUCGCAAACACAGAAGAAUACAUAGAUGGGGCAUUGUCUGGACAUCUGGGUGAAGUUUUAAUAAGGUGUAAUAAUGUCCUUUAUAUCAGAGGUGUUGAAGAAGAGGAAGAAGAUGGGGAAAUGAGAGAAUAGCACCGUCGGGGGUCUUUAUAUAUAUAUAUAUAUAUUUCUAGACAAUAAAGAUUUGGUUUUGAACUUGAA